CACAGAGAGGUGGAGAGUGUGUGUAUGCGUGUGAGGGAGCGAGAGAGAAAGAUGGAGAGGCAGAUAUCAUAGCAUCACACUACGAUUCAGCAGAAAAAAUUAGAAAGAGCGACAGAAUUAGCAAAAGCUGCAUUGGAAAAGGGGCCUCAAGACGUGACCUGUGCUCCACCACCUUCCAGAUUCAAACUUUAUUGCCUGAGAAGUUGCAGUAUCCUCUCUUGUUAACUGCGUAGCUGCGACAGAUUUUAAGUAGAAGGAUAGCUCCAGUUUUCUUACAAAGAUGGGAGGCGAAAAGGACUUAAACGUGGUGCAGAAUGUCGACCUUAAGCGCUAUCAAGGGCGAUGGUAUGAGAUUGCGUCAAUUCCCUCGCGGUUCCAACCUUCAACGGGAACCAAUUCUCGUGCGACGUAUGCCCUGAAAGAAGACCAAACUAUUCACGUUCUCAAUGAAACUUGGGUAAGCGGCAAGCGCAGCUACAUCGAGGGUAAAGCGUGGAAGGCAGAUGCUGCCAGCCCUGACGCUAAACUCAAAGUGCGCUUCCUAGUGCCACCUUUCUUCCCAAUAUUUCCUGUUACGGGAGAUUACUGGGUAAUGAAGCUUGAUGAGAAUUAUCAGUGGGCCCUAAUAGGCCAACCCUCCAGAAGAUAUCUCUGGGUUUUAUCUCGGACGCCAGAGCUCAGCGACGAAAUUUACAAUCAACUUCUGGAGCAUGCAACUAACGAAGGUUACGAUGUUAGCAAGUUACAUAAAACGCAGCAAAUUCCAGAAAUAGGGGAAGAAGGAACCUCGAAUUCGGAGAACACAGAUCGCGCUGGAGUGUGGUGGUUAAAAUCCCUCUUCGGAAAGUAAAAACCAAUGAUGCACAUGGCAUACAUGUCAUUCAUUGAUUUCAAUUUGUAAUUUCCCUUUCUAAAUAUUUAUCUACAGUGUCUUUCGUGAGUUUUGCCCUUCUUCAACAUCUAUGAAUUGUUUGAAUAUGCGGUAUGAAAGACAAGGAAAAAACAGAGCAGAUUCUUCUAGCUUAUCUAGACAGUAUACACGCAACUGGCGAUAACAAUUUGCUAAAUACUAGCACCAUGAUACACUGA